AUGUUUGGCACCAAAGGCUGGAAUAGCCUCGUUUGGUGUGCGCUGGUGACGACUUAUAUAAGCUCUGCGAUUGUGGGAUUAUGUUUUGCGAACGAGUUCCAGAAGCCCCUUAAAUCUCAUAAUAAGCCAGUCUUGCAAUGGAAGAGCUGUGGCGAAGCUAACAACCAUACACUUCAAUGUUCCCGACUGGAAGUGCCCGUGAACCAUCUCAACCAAUCGUCCGACAAGACUUUCUCGUUACCGAUCAUAAGGAUGCUAGCCAAAAAUGCAUCCGCUACUGGAGAUAGGCAUAUUUUCUUAAAUCCCGGGGGACCUGGAGCUAGUGGAAUGGGGUUAUUGCGCGGAUCUGCGUCCGAUUUGAACAAACUCGUUGGAGAAGGCUUCCACUUACUGAGUUUCGACCCUCGUGGUGUCAGUGGAUCGAUACCGAAAGCUGUUUGCUACCAAAACACUGGCGAACGGGCUACCGCGUUUGCAAGCAACCCUUGGAAUCUUGAGUACCAAGCCGGUGAGAUGUACACUAGGGCGGAGAAUAAAGCAAAGGCCUGUCGAGAUAUGAUGGGUGAGCACGGGGAAUACAUUAACACCCCCCAAACCGCAUACGAUAUGAACUUAAUUCUCGAUGCGAUUGGACAGAAAAAUAUGUACUACUGGGGACUUAGUUAUGGAACUACACUCGGUCAGACAUAUGCGCAGAUGUUUCCAGAGCAAAUCUCUCGAAUGGUACUUGAUGGAGUUAGCAACUUAGAUCAGUGGUAUAAUUCCUUCUUUCUGGAAGAGUCGUUGACCGACACAGACAAAAUUUACACUGGCUUUCUCAAGGAAUGUUUCGAAGCCAAAGAAGAUUGUCCGCUGCAAUCAAUCAAGGGAGAACACUUCAAGUCAGCUGGCCAGCUCCAGUCCUAUUUCGAUGGCUUCUUACGGGAACUCGAAGACGAACCAAUUCCCGUUUACUUAAACAGUACGGAUUACGGAGCCAUCACCCGUCGAACUAUAGUUAGCAAUGGAAUACUCAUGGCCCUAUACAAGCCAAAGUCUUGGCCUCUACUUGCAAAGAAUCUGGCUGAGCUGCUCAACGGCAACAACACACCUGCUUAUAACGCAUACUCUGAAUCAUGGCUUCUCAAGUAUCUCGUGGAUGACUCAACUAUCUUCAUUGGAUUGAAUGAUAAUCGAAAGACUGGACAAGAUGCCCCAGUUCAUGGUGUUAAGCCAGUCUACAACCAUACUAUAUCCAGACCGGAGUUGUCGUUCCUGGUAUCGCGUUAUCAAGCAUCUGAUAUCUACGAUCGAGCAUCGUGGUCGAUCCCAACAACGCACAACUUUCGUCCUCAGUACUACCCCGAAUAUCCACGGAUCAGAACAGCAGAGCCAAUACUAAUAUUGUCGACUACGUGGGACCCUGCGUGUCCAUUGGUAUCUGCAAAGAAAGCCCAUAAUAGCUUCGAAGGAGCUCGUCUCGUGGAGCAGCUAUCGUACGGCCACUGUAGCCUUAGCAUGCCUUCCCUGUGUACUGUGAGCUAUCUGAGGCACUAUUUCAAUGAAGGGAUACUCCCCGAACCGAGUAACAGGUGUGGCAUUGAUACCGAGUAUUUCCCCUCUGCCUGGGGGUCUGCGGUGUCUACACUAAGUGUGAAAGAUGAGGAUUUACUCAGAAGUCUUCAUGCACUGGCAGCAAACGACAUCUUCUCGGUUAGAUACCAAAUAUAG